AUGCAGCUCUCCAAGUUUGCAGCACUGCUGCCUCUCUUGGCCGGCUCGACUGAAGCAGGCAAGAUGAGGGCCCCUCGCAGCUGGGCCGCUGAUCGUUUCGAUAUGCAACUCACCUGGAACCAGUUCGGGUUCCUCUCCCACCAGAAGAUCGGUAACCCUCCCCAGGAAAUCCCCAUCUUCGUAGAUUGGACCUGGAUCAGCCAGUACAUCCUCUCGCCCAAGUGCUACGGAGAAGAAAACGACCCCUCGGCCUGCCUCAACGCGCAGCAGCUCUACUACGACCCGGCCAAGUCGACAUCUCACCGAGACGCAUCGAAGCGUUUCCCCAGCCGCACGUGGCUUCCUAACCAUUUCUUCUUCUGGGAACCUCUCACGGUCGACUAUGCGCAAGAUGCUGUUCAGAUCGGCCCGGUGACUUCAAACUCGAUUAUGCAGUUCUCUGACACCAACUUUGAUCUCUCUGCUUUCCCGUACCCCUUCACUGGAGUUUUGGGUCUCUCCCCUGUUUUCAAGGGCGAUAACGCUUCUUUCCAGUCGCCAUUCUACCAGCAGUGGAAGGCCGGCCAGUGGAAGAACCCGACCAUCAGCUUCGUCUACUGCUAUGAGGAGUCCAUGAAACCCACCUGCGGCGGCAGCGACGGCCUCCAGUCCUUUGGCGGCAUCAUGGACCAGGUCGUCAAGGACAGCGAGAUCUACUGGUACGCAAACUACGUCUUCCCCGACGUCAACACACUGGCCUUUGAGUACCAUCCGGGCCUGUACAACUACUGGGCUACCCCCCUCGACUCGCUCUGGAUCGGAGACGAGCUGCAGCCCACGGAGCCCACGUCCAACAUUUCGGGCAAGGCAUCCAUCUUCGACCACGCCUCGUACGGGCGCGGCAUUCCCCUCACCCCCAACGCGUACGACAAGCUCGUCAACCUGACGGGUGGCCAGCCGCUCACGCUCGAGGACCCUACCAUCAUCAACAACGGCAACCAGUCCAUGUACUCUGUUGACUGCGGCAACAUCGCCUCGUUCCCCACCGUGAGCUACAAGUUUGCGGGACACGACAAGGUUUGGACCAACACGCCGAAGCACUACGUCGAGACGCUGCCAGACGGGAGGUGCGCUCUGAAUGUGCGCGCCAUGGCCACUGGAGACAGAUUUAUUGGAAACUUUGGCGAGACGUUCUUCAAGGACAAGGUCGCUAUCAUGAACUUCGAGACCCUUCAGGUCGGUAUCGCUGAGAUUCAGUGGUAG